AUGGGUAUCCUCAACCAGUACCACAAGGAGACGGUUGCAUUCCUCAAAUUUAAGGAGAAGAAGACCUUUAAGGUUGUAGACUACACAGUAAAAAUGGGAACUUGCCCAACUGAUUCCUAUCUUUCAAGACGUUCCAUUGUUGCGAGGGGCAAAUUGGUGGACAAGGCCAGGAAUCUCAUUCAUAAAAGUGGACUUAGUACUCGGAAAAGGAAGUUAGAGUCUAGAAGUUAUAUUCCAGCAAAAGUAACGACAUUCACCGAAGAAGAAAUUGAAUCACAUAAAUUCCUCAGAACAAGGACCGAACCGUGGGAGGAAAUAGUCUACCACUGGAAUAGAACGUUCAAUUCAAGAAGGACUGAAAGUGACCGUAGUUUAGGUCUGUUUUUGGCAAAGUGGCCAAUUCUUGAGGAUCCAAGAGCAGCCACACUGAUUGAUUGUGACUUCGACAGACUUUUUCCUAAUCAAGGACUGAACUUCUUUGGGAAUUGGGAAAAAUUCUUCAAUGAAGUAUUCAUAGCUAGGAGGGGCACUAACAAAUAUAAUGAAAUAGAGGAAAUUCUCAAGGAAGAUAUCAAUGAGAAUUGUAAGUUAGCUGUCCAUUUAUUGAAUGUUGCAAAAUUGAUACCCCCGAAGGGAAGAAAGUCUCUUGGAAAAGGAAAAUUCUGGAAAUUUACUGUUCAAGAAUGUACUGACUCAAUUAUAUGCCAUGCUAAGAUUCCAAGUGAUGUACCAGAGAUAGUGGAGGUUCAAAGAAAGAAUGCUGCAGCCAAGUCAGUAACGGUACAACCCUACCUUAUAAUAGAGGGUCACGACGUGCGAGACAUUACGAAUAUAUAUAUUGUGAUAGACACGGUCAGGUAUCAUUUCAAUUCACUCACAAAGGCGUUUGAUGUUUGUUUUAAAUCUUUCCAUGUGUUUAAUGCGGAAUAUCCACCACAGUCCGAGCAUAUUUGGCAUCUCAUUGCUCACAUAAUGUACAAAUUACCUUUAGAUAAAAAAACUCCAUAUAUAAUGGACAUAGUGGCCCAUUUCCAAUCUGAUAAUAAAUAA